AUGGCACCCCGCGCACCGUACAUUGUGCCGGCGCUCAAGAAGCACACGGCGACUGUCAUCAUGGCUCAUGGACUGGGUGACAGGAUGUCACUGGCUCAGAACUGGCGUCGUCGCGGCAUGUUUGACGAGGUCGCUUUCAUCUUUCCCAAUGCGCCUAUGAUCCCCAUUACAGUGAACUUUGGAAUGUCCAUGCCUGGAUGGUAUGAUUUGACGAAGCUUGGCCGUGAUCUCGAUUUCGAAGAAGCUAUCCGGCACCAGGACGAACCUGGCAUCCUCCGAUCCCGCGAUUACUUCAACACCCUCAUCAAGGAGCAGGUCGACAAGGGCAUCAGCCCUUCGCGGAUUGUCCUCGGUGGCUUUUCCCAGGGCGGCGCCAUGUCGAUCUUCUCUGGUGUCACUUCCAAGGAGAAGCUUGGUGGUGUAUUCGGCCUAUCUUGCUACCUGGUCCUCAGUGACAAGAUCAAGAACUAUAUCCCGGAGGACUGGCCAAACAAGAAGACCCCUUUCUUCCUCGCUCAUGGCUUGGAGGACGAGGUUGUGCCGUAUCAAUUCAGUAGCCUGUCCAUGAAGGCUUUGAAUGACUUGGGUUUGGAAGACGUCAGCUUCAAAUCUUACCCUGACCUUGGCCACUCCGCCGACCCGACAGAGAUUGAAGAUCUGGAACGCUUCCUUCAGAAGACUAUCCCCCCGGAGGGCGACGGCCAGGCCUCAGCUGGGUUAUGA